AUGGAAGAGCCUCAGAAGAAGCUCAGUCAGAGGCACGAGGGGAGGCCCCGCAAAGUGCGGUUCAAAAUAUCAUCUGCCUACAGCGGCCGAGUGUUGAAGCAGGUCUUUGAGGACGGGCAGGAGCUGGAGCUCCCGGCCAAAGAGCACUCCCGGCGCUUUGUCCGCCACUGCUUCGAGCCGGGGGACCGCUGGGCCGCGGAGCUGCCCGAGAGCAGGCUGUACCCGCCGGCCAAGCUGAGCGCCCACCGGAUCAGCAUAUUCAAAGAGGGGCAGACACUGGGCCUGGGCAGCGCCUCGCCUCUGCUUGACUGCCAGCCCGGAGACAGCCACUGCAAGGCUUCCCCAGUUCUAGACUUUGGCAAGAUCAUCAUCUACACAAAUAACCUGAAAAUCAUCCGUGCACCGAUGGACCAGAAAGAGCUCAUGAGAAGAAUCAUCCAGACUGAGGGAAUAAAUGACUGGGCCUUCAUAUACAGGGAAAAGAAAGAAAGAUUUGGUGGUGGACAUAGAAAAGAUGUGGAAAAAAAGGUUGCCUGCAACCAGUAUGUGCAGGAAGGAGAUGCUGAACGCGGCUGCUCCCAGUGUAAAGGAUCAGGCUCUGCCCCUUGCUCACUGUGCCAUGGAAGCAAGUUUUCAAUGCUGGCAAACAGGUUCAGAGAGUCCUACCGGGCCCUGCGCUGCCCGGCUUGCAACGAAAGCGGUCUGCAGCCCUGCCAGGUCUGUGCUGCCUGACCAGCACCGCCGCUGCGACCUGCUGUGGAGACUGAACUGUUCCACCUCCGGGCAGCCUCGCUCUAUCACAGGGGUUUAGAAGGUGGGAAAGGCACAUUAUACACAUCCCGCUGUGAAUGUGAAUCCUGCACCUCUGCUGCUGUCUGUCCCUCCUGUCUGCUCCUGCCUGCCCUCUGAAUCAGCCCAGACCCCAGGGGCUGCAGGGUGGAUGUACACCAGGUCAGGUUCCGACCCACCAGUAGCAUCACUGAACGCAGCAGGAGUAGGUGCAGC